UGUGGGUGAAGCCAGUACAGUGCUUUCGGGCUUGUCCUGGUGGUUUGUAGUUAGGUUUUUUUUGUCGUCUUUUCUAUUGCAUUGCUGCAGAUCAACAAGAACGGCAUCAACGCGCCGAGACAUUUCAUCUCAACACAGUUGUCGUACUAAUAUCGCAUGUCCACUAUCCAGAACCUCCAAUCUUUCGAUCCCUUUGCUGAUGCAACUAAGGGUGACGACUUACUCCCGGCAGGGACUGAAGAAUACAUUCACAUAAGGAUCCAACAGCGUAACGGCCGUAAAACGCUGACUACUGUUCAGGGAAUUGCAGAUGACUACGAUAAAAAGAAACUCGUAAAAGCUUUCAAAAAGAAAUUUGCUUGUAAUGGUACUGUGAUUGAACAUCCUGAAUACGGUGAAGUGAUCCAGCUUCAAGGUGAUCAGAGAAAAAACAUUUGCCAGUUCCUCCUUGAGGUUGGCAUUGUCAAAGAGGAGCAACUGAAGGUUCAUGGAUUUUAAAACUAUGCAAACAUUUUUGCAGUAAAGAUUUUUUCUUCAGGACUGACCAACCGAAUAUACUGAACAAAAAAAAAAAAAAAAAAGGUUUUAACACCAUUUGCUAAAUUGUAAACAUACUUAUGUUCAUUCUCUAGGAGAGCUAUCAUCCAGCAAAGGGUGACAGAGCUGUGAUUUUAUAUUUAGGUUCUGCAACACUAUCUGCCCCUUGCAGGAGUUAUGUGCCUUUACCAGGAAUCUGAGUAGGUUAAGCUGAAAGCUUUGUGGAUAAGCCAUGCCACACCGGAGAAGCCUGCUCACAAGUGAACGUAACCGUGCACUUGGCAUUCUGAAAAAUGGUCAUGUGCCGCAUCCAUGUGCCAACCCAGUGAAGGAGCACCAGUACCCUGUGACGGCUUCCAGGAGGCAGAGAUUGGUAACAGGCCUGAACACACAACUUUGCAUAGCAACUCAAACCUGUGUAUCUCCAGAGACAGUGCUAAACUGACUGAGACAAGCUAGACUAAUGGCAAAGAGACCUGUAAGGCAUUCAAGACGCAUGUCACUUCCCGCUAAACAGAAGUGUCCUUCCAUGGCCAGAGCAAUCUCCUGACUUGUUCCCACUGGAGAGCAUUAGAUGCCAUCCUCACUUCUCCACACUGUGUGAUCUGAGGCAAACCCUGCAGUUGGAGUGACAUGUCCAGGGACUCGUCACAAGACUGUGAUGUUGCUACUCGGCCUGAGUUAUUUCGAAAGGCAGGCACACCCUGCAAGUGUGACUUCCAAAAUGGUCUGGUGACUGAAUUACUAUUGCAGUCGGCAGAGCAAUGGAGCUUCAGGUUUAAAUUACUAAAAAUGAAUGUUUUCAUAUGUUGCAUACAGCAAUAAAUGUGCAUUUGAUGUUCAGUACAUACAAAUGCCAAAUUGAGUAUUGCUAAACUUUUUUUUUUUUUUCUUUGUUCAGUAUAUCUUGGCUAUAUCAAACGUGUGAACAUUUGGCGUUUGACACCCAGUGUGCAUGAUUACGGAAGAUGUGUUUCUUGUAGGCCGGUAAUGGAUAAGAACUGCAGUAAGAUGGGCACUUGAGAAAAUUAGCCACCUUCCCCUUUUUUUGUUUUUUAUAACCCAUGUUUUAGUCCUGACUGUUUUAAUUUCCACCCUUUUUAAUUUUAAUGUGUUGUAUAAACAAAUUUACAAAUAAAACCAGGUGUGAAUUC